AAGCAACUGUCGUUGCAAUCAGCAGAGCAUGCUCACAGUUGAGCCCGAACAGGAGAGAACAAGAUGAGACUGACGGUUGCAGCAAUUGCACUGUGCCUGGUCGCACUGACCAGUGCAGCUUACGUUCCCGUAGAAAAGUCGGUAACAGGUUUUAAAUAUGCUGACAAAGAAUUUCUGGUAAAACAGAAGUUCUUCUUCGAAGUUUUCCGCAACAUCCAUCUACCUCUCACGUUCGAGGAAUAUAUGCCAUACACCAAAACAUGGGUUUUCGAUGAGACCAAAUAUACGAAUUACAAGGAGGUCUUCGAAUUCUUCGAAUACUACAAGCUUGGUUUCCUGCCAAAGGGAGAGGUGUUCACCAUCUACAACAAGGAAUACAUGAAGCAAACCUAUCUUCUGUUCAACUUCUUCUAUAACAGCGCUGAUUGGGAAACCUUCUACAAGAAUGUUAUCUGGGCUCGUGAAAACAUCAACGAGGGCAUGUUUAUCUAUGCUCUGACUAUGGCCACCUUCCAUCGCCCAGACCUCAAGGGCAUCGUACUACCUGCCAUUUACGAAAUCUAUCCUUACUACUUCUUCAAUACCGACGUUGUUCACAAGGCAAUGUACAAGAAGUUGUAUGAACCUAAAUUCGGAUUCGUGAGCAAUGGCAAAUACAACGUAGUCUACUCGAAUUAUACCGCUGUCUAUCCGAUCGACUAUUUCGGAGAAGAUAAACUGAGUUACUUUACUGAAGAUAUCGGUCUUAAUGCUUACUACUACUACUUCAUGAUGGACUAUCCAUUCUUCGUUGGAGAAAGCAAAUUCAACUUGUUCAAGGAUCGUCGUGGAGAACUGUAUCUGUACAUGUACCAGCAACUCAUCGCCCGUUACUACCUGGAACGCCAAGCCAACUUCAUGGGACCGAUCGAAGAAUUCAGCUGGGAUCAACCUAUCAAGACCGGAUAUUCACCAAAACUCAGUUACUGGAACGGCCUGCCUUUCUAUGGACGCAACGAUUACUACUCUCUGCCCAAAGACCAGUACUACAAAAUUGACUUGCUCAAGGAUUACGAAGCCAGAAUCAGGCAAGUGAUUGAACAAGGAUACAUGUAUUUGGAUGAUGGAACUAAGAUUGAUUUCCGUAAACCAGAAUCGAUCGAUUAUCUCGGAAAUCUGAUUAACGCAAAUCCGGACAGCUACGACACGGAUUACUACAAAUACAUCGAAUUCUUCGCCCGUCUCAUGUACAGUGGCUCUGAUUAUUUCUACAGUGGAUCGAAGACGUGGCCAAGUGCUCUGAUGCAUUUUGAAACAUCCAUGCGUGAUCCGUUCUUCUACCAGCUGUAUUAUAGAAUUUUGAGCUACUACUGGCAAUUCAAGAGCUACUUGCCAUACUACACCUUUGAUGAGUUGAACUUCAAGGGAGUUGAAAUCAAGAAUGUCGUAUUUGAUAAACUGAUGACCUAUUUUGAGUAUUUCGAUGCCGACAUCAGCAACGCUAUUCCAAUGGGCUUCUCCUCGGACAAGUUCUUCGAUUUCUCCGUUUUCGCUCGCCAGAAGCGCAUCAAUCAUAAGCCAUUCACCUACACAAUGGAUAUCUUCUCCGAAUUUGCCGGUAAGGGAGUGGUUCGCAUGUACAUGGGACCGAAGUUCUACGACUUCAAGCAGUUGCAGUACCUGAAGAAAUACUUCUUUGAAGUUGAUCAGUACGUGUAUGACUUCGUUGUUGGCAAAAACUCUAUUGUUCGCAACUCUCGCGAUUACUACUGGAGUGUUCGUGACCGAACCACAUAUAGUGAACUGUACAAGAAAUUCAUGACGGCAUACAAGGGACAAGACAAAUUCGUUCUAGAUAUGUCUGAAGCUCACUGCGGAUUCCCCGACCGUCUUCUGCUGCCAAAGGGUCUUCCAAGCGGCUACGAGUUGACCUUCUACUUCAUCGUCACUCCGUACUACGCUCCUAAGGUGGAACAAUUCUCCACCUACGACUACUCAUAUAGUUGUGGAGUUGGAUCUGGCUCGAAAUAUGUCGAUGACUUGCCAUUCGGAUUCCCCUUCGAUCGCGAGAUCAACUUUGCCUACUUCUUCACCAAGAACAUGUACUUCAAGGAUGUGCUGAUCUAUCACACUGACGAUAUGAAGCUGAAUCAGUCAUUCUAGAACGCUGCCAGAAAAUGAUGUGAAUCGUAUUUAUGACAAUAUGAUAAGAGGACCAAAUAAAGCAAAAUAGUUGAUUCAUUCGAACAAUUCAUUUACUUCUUUUUUGAACGCAUAAAAAGCCCUAGAACAGAACAAAUCUUAAAGUAAAAUAGAUUCAUUCAAACACUUUUUUUCUUCUUUUUAGCAUAUAUUAAUCCCUUUAGGAUCAUUUGUUUAUGUGGAUUUUAAAACUUUAUGCAGAACAUCGAAAUUUGCUCUAAUACUCAUUACAUUAGGAAAAAAAUACACAGUGUCAUGCCACCGAUCGUAUAACAGAUCAUUUAUCUUCAAAAAUUCAAAAUUAUCGAAAAUAAAAGAAACAAACUUUUCUGCUACAA